GAGACAGAGCAAUGCAAUCGCAGGCUCAAGCGUAGCGACGUUUGACAUUAUCCCGUGUAUCUGACCUACUAUUCAGAUCAGCUACAUAUAAAAAUGGAGAAUUUUGCAAGAUACCCAGAUCUCCAGGGCAAGAUCGCUCUGGUCAUGGGAAUCGGUCAGACCAAAACAGUCAACAUCAACUCCUGGGGUAACGGAGCUGCAAUGGCACGACUUCUCUGCCUUAACGGCGUCAAGGUCUUCGGCUGCGAUAUCAACCUCACUGCCGCAGAGUAUACAGCAACUCGACUCCGCGACGAAGGAGGAAUCUGCGAUGUCAUGACCGCAGACGUCACCUCCUCCGCAGACAUCCAACGAGUCGUCAACGCAGUAUUAGCCAAAUACAACCGAAUCGACAUCCUCAUCAACAACGUCGGUCUAACGGCUCCAAGCGACCCUGGUACCAUGCCGGAAGACGCAUGGGAUCGACAAAUCGACGUGAACCUGAAAAGCACGUAUCUCAGCUGCCAUGUCGUUCUCCCCAUCAUGGAAAAGCAACGAUCCGGCUCCGUGAUCAACAACGCCUCGAUCGCUGGCCUACGAUACCUGGGAAAGCCCCAAGCAGCGUAUUCAGCAGCCAAAGCUGCCGUGAUCCAUUUCACCAAGGUGACGGCCGUGAUGUAUGCGCCCAAGGGGGUGCGAUUGAACUGCGUUGUGCCGGGGAUGAUAUUCACGCCGUUGGUGGAAGGGUUCGGAGCUAGCGAGAAGGAAGAGGACCGCGAGAUAUAUCGACGGAUCACGCAGCAUAAUGUGCCAAUGGGUCGGAUGGGAGAUGCGUUUGAUGUGGCGAAUGCAGCGCUGUUUUUGGCGGGUGAUGCGGCUAAGUAUAUUACGGGACAGGAAGUGGUGAUAGAUGGAGGGUUAACGAGUUCAGCGGGGACAUGAUGUAGAGUAUCAUUAAUCGUUAUUAUAUGGGCUGUAA